AGUUUUUACGACUGUUCAGCGUCGGAGGGUUGUUGUAAAAUUAAAGAAAAUGCUCCUGGGAGGAGGACAAUUUAAAACAAUACAAGCUUAAAGCGGCGCGCAAGGAGCCGGAAAUUGCAUGCAGCAAGGAGGAGCAAGGAGGCGUGCCACCUAAAACUAAUAGACGCCAUUUGGUAACGGUAAUUGCCAGGGCACACGUAAGCAAGUCGCCCCUUGAAAUCCGUUCCCUGGAAGGGCGCCACCUCAUCAUUCUAACGAAACGCCAUGGCCGUUAGCAACAUUGUCUGCGAGUGGCUGAGGGCUUUGGGCCUGGCCCAGUACGCCGAGAGCUUCCUGGACAAUGGGUAUGAUGACCUGGAGAUCUGCAAGCAGGUCGGUGAUCCUGACCUGGACGCCAUCGGCGUGGAGAAUCCUGCCCAUCGGCACAAGCUGCUGAAGAGCAUACGAUCGCUGAGGGAAAAGGGAGCUGCCUCCGUCUACUUCAUGCUCAACGAUCCCAACUCGCUAUCCGGCAGUAUGGAAAUCCUGUGUGAAACCCCGCCUAACAACGAACUGGAGCUGGUCCUGCGGGAGCAACUGGAGACGGACGGAGUCCGACUCACGGCGCAUCCCUAUUCAACACCGGACGGACAACGUGGUCAUUUAGAGGGCCUGGCAUCUGUCUAUUGCGAAUUGCUAAUGGCUCCCUUCGGGGACAUUUUGGCCGUUCUAGAACAGGCGCGCCAGGCGGCCUGGGCGGAGCGGAGUCCGCUGCACAGUGCCUCCCAAAUGCUGACGGGCGGCGGUGCGAGCGGCAGCACGGGCGGCAGCAGUGGCGGCGGGGCGAGCGGUGGCAGUGGCGCGAGUAGCGGCGGCGUUCUGCACCACCGCCAGCAGCACGGCCAUCGCGGCCACUCGAUGCACGGCGCCGGUCUGCCAAAUUCCCACAGCCAGCCCAUUUACGUGCCCGGCAAGUACUCGGUAUGUAUCAACAUGGAAGCACCCAGAAACCCACUCUUCCUCCGGGUUUGGAGGGGUUUAGGGUGGGUCAAUCGGCGGGAUCGCAACAAUCAACAAAAUGGCGCCCAGGCUAGGGCGGCCAACGAUCGUCUGAGGCACUUUCAAAUGAUAAACGGCGGCGGACAGCAGCAGAGUUUCGAGGAGACAAUUCACAGGUUAAAAGUACAAGAGGCCAUGCGGAAGAAGGAAAAAUUCCAGCGUGAACACGAGGAGAUCUUGCGUGACAUCCGACAAGGACUAUUACAAAUGAGCCGAGGCGAAGGACGCAUGGACGAUACGUACAUGUACGAUGAGGCGCUGAGAACUGGGGUCAUGCCCAUCGGAGUGGGUGGAGCGGGAGCCGGAGGGGGCAGUGGUGCUGCCGCCCACUACGCGGUCAGUGCGCUGCACCACCAAGGUCAUUGGUACGACGAACCACCCUACGAGAGCGAUCCCGAUGACUUCCUCAUGGCCGGACUCAACUGCGGCCCAGCGGCCACCAUUCAGGGUGGACGAGUGCGCUUUUCGAACAACCGCGAGAGUACGGGCGUAAUUUCAUUAAGAUCCGCCGGAGAUAUUUCGCUGCCGCAGCGUGGACCGCCGCGUAGAGGUCUUAUCGUGCCGCAGCAGCCGCCAAAUCCACCGACAAUAAUACCCUUAACGCACGCCAGGUCCCACGACCGGGAGAGCGGCGACUAUGCGGGAUCCAUUUCAGACCUCCAAAGCGUUACCUCCAGGCUUAGUGCAGUCUCGAUUGGCACCAACAAUUGCACGGCUCGCUAUCGAACGCUGAGCGGCGGAAUCGGGGAGUCGCCCUCGCUGUCUCCCAGUCCCUCCUCGGAUUACGAGGACAUCGGAACCGCCAGAGGACAUAGCUGCCUGCCGCCCAGCUUGCUGGCUGCUAAGGCCAAAAAGAACGGCAUGGCCCACGGCAAGGCGAACACCAUUUGCCAAAAAGCCACGGUGCAUCACUCGGGCGAUAUGCGUAGCUCGGCAAAGGAAAUUGGCGCAUUUAAUGAGAAUGGACGAAACUUUGUUGCCACAAAGGAUACGUCGAGGGAUUUCAGCAAUUCCCAAGAUAAUACCGACCGUGGCAGCAUGAGCGAUCAGGCGUUCGCCUGCUCGGCCAGCUCAGUCGAAAGUUUGCCCAGCGCUUCCGGUUCGAGUACUCAAGCCCUAGUUCGUCCGGGCAGUCCGCACAGCUCCAUUUCGGCCGAGGAUCGUACUUCGAUGACCGGCAGCAGCAUUUGCAAGGCCAAGGCCCUGGUGGAUAGUUUGCCCAAUCCCUAUGACAAGGAGGCCCUCAAAUUCAAGAAAGGCGAGCUUAUCGAUGUCCUCUCCAUGAAUGCAUCCGGCAUCUGGAAGGGACGCUGCCACGGCCGUGUGGGCCACUUCAAGUUCAUCAACGUGGAGGUCCUGCCAGAGCAGCGCAUGAAGAACUCCAGCAGCAAAACCUUGGGCCAUGCUGGCUCUCGGCUGGCUAAUCCCGGAAAUGGAAGCAACAACGGAGGCGGCGGGGGACCCAAUUCGGUGGAGGAUCUGCUCAUUCGCAUCGGACUCAAGGAGUACACUUCCGUGUUCGUGCUUAACGGCUAUGAGGACCUGGAGCUUUUCAAGGAGCUGGAACCUGCUGAUCUGGACUACCUGGGCAUUCUUAAUCAGGAGCAUCGCGCCAAGCUGCUGACGGCUGUGCAGCUGCUGCAUGACAUUGAAUGCUCCGACGUGGACAUAGCCGGCUCCAGCUCGGAGAACGAUGAAGCCAGACUGAACAACAUCAACAAGAAGCACGGCGCCUCGCCCUUUGGAAGGCGCCACUUUCCCCGGGACUCUGGAUGCUACGAAGGAUCUCCACUGCCCAGCUCCCAGACGCCCACGCAGGCGGUGAACUCUACGGACGAGUCGAACAGCCUUGACGAUGUUGUAACCAAGUGCUCCAGCGAAAUUAUGAAGCGCGUGGAGAGCGCACGUCGGUGCAAGGACAACCCCUUUAAAAGCACACUGCCUGGAGCCGGCGGUGGACGACUGGGCAAGAAGUCCUUUCUCGGCGGCGGCGGCCUUAUGGCGGACGAUACGCUCACGCGUGGAGGGCUUAGCGAAAAGUCGAGCGACUCGGGGGUCAGCAGCAGUUCGCUAUCGUCGGGUCCGCUGAAGAGCAGCACUUAACAUUUGCCCACCAUUCUUGCCCACGAGCUGCUCCUGGGCGUGGGCACGGGUAUGGGCAUCGGCGGAACGGGCACCCUGACGCCCCACGGUGUCGGAGCCACCUCGCCUACCGCCCACUCAGCACCACUGGGCAACAUCUGCAACACUCUGCCGCAUGCUCCCAGUUCAUCCGCCGGAGGCCCAGGACUCUCCUCGAUGGCCGGAAAUCUGCCUCUUAAUCGCAACCUGGUGAUGCUACGUAACCACCUGCGGAAAAACACAGGCGGAGGAAGUGGCGGAGCGACCGGGGGCGUGGGAAUGCAGCUGCUUCAUGAUCAGGAUGACCGGCAGGAGGAUCAAUAACCCAUUUACUACAUCAAAUUCUUUGUUUAGUCUCCGGUUGAGUUAGGUGUAUUUCAAUUGCUGUGAUUCGAUAGUGAAAACAAAAGGCCAACAAGCGUCUUUCAGUUCAAAUGUAUAGUAUGUAUAAAAAGAGAGAUAGACAGACGGGUAGGGAAAGGCAUAGAGCUAGAGCUUAGGCUAGGGGAAGCGAUAUGGAGAUGCAGAGUCAGAGUCAGUCAAUCCUUCCUCCGAUAAUGUUGGCAUUUACACAAAAAUAUACAUAAAUACACAGACAUAUUUAUAUUAGACAGACUUAUAUACACAGACCUUCGGAAAACGCUGGGGGUGAAUUUUUAUAUAACUAGUGAAGUAGAACGAGAAUGUUUGAAAUUAUUUUGACUGUUUUUAGUUAGCCUCGAGAUAUGUAAAUGAGACUUGUUUGAUUUGCCAUUUGUUUACUAUUCAAUUGCUUUGUGUGUGCAUAUUUCUCAACGUGAUAUUGUGAAAACGUCCAACUUGAAUUGCAUUUUACAUAGGUUUAUUUCCAACAACAUUAACACACACAUGAAGACAACACUGAACUUGAUUCCUAUUUUAGGGCGCUACAUCCGAGUGCAAGCAAUAGACCAAUUCAAUUUUAAAUAACAAAUCAUAAUAUUUACACAACAACAAAGGAAAUCAAGAACGAAGAAACGAAACUUAAACACCAACUGCCAUUCAAACUAAUUUUAAUAUGUUAUAAAUGUAAAGAGAAAUCCGUCAGAAACUUGUAAAAAUUACUGCCGAAAUUGCCAAAAUCGAGCAAAAUAUUCAAUGUACGCUAAGCAAUAUUUUAAAUCGUAGCCAGAGCCGUAAUCGUGAGGGAUCUUGCAUGUGUGUAUGUAUAUAUAGGACAACGAUCCAUUUAAUAUUUAUUAAUAGGGCACUCUCUUGUAGAUGGUAUAUUUAAACGUAUCCACUAUGAGCGAUGCUUUCGAGAUAAUCAAAAAGCAGACAAUGAAAUUAGUCAGGCAGCGCAAAUGUUUUUAAUCAGUUUUCCAGCAACUAGUUAAAUGAAUGAAUGAAUAUUUAUCACGGCACAACUACUACGAAUAUAUUUAUACAUAUUAAUUACAAAUUUAAACUGAUCGAAAUACAUAUAUUAAAGCAUAGCAUACCCUAGCGUAGAGUAUAAUAUAUUAGCAAUUGACUUAAUGUAAAUGAUUUUAUUUCGGAAACGCUUUGACUUCUACUCAGAUCGUAAAAUUUAACCUGAAAAUAUUUUGUGAGCUAAGAUACCGAUAUUCGUACAUUGUAACACAAUUAACAUUAAUCCAAAAUAAAUUAAAUUGAAUAAAAACAGAAAAGAAACGAAUCGCACGUGUUACAGCCAGUCGAGGAACAGAGGGUAUAUUUGGGGGAGCUGAUGGAAAUAUUGGAUAUGGGGAAUUUCUUUAAUCUACCUAUCCAACUACAAUUAAGUGUUUAAAUUGUAAAUUGUAAUAAAGUGAAUCAAAGAGUAUUUAUAUAUAUUUGGGGACACGAAAUGAGAGGCAAAAAUCCAACCACAAAAUAAACAAACCACACUCAUGUGCUAGCAUUUUCUAAUUAUCACUGUAAAAUGAUGUAAUGUAUAGAAAGAAUAUAAAGCAAUAUUAAAGUUUAAUCUUGAAAGAAAUUCACACGAUAACGAUUGCGAGAAAACAAACCCAUAAAAUAUCAUUUCAACACAGAGCGCAAACUAAAGUAUUCAGAGUUCAGUACAUUUUAGAAGAAAUUUUCAAAAAACAAAAAAAACAAAAGAGGAGCGAGAAUUCAUGUUUAUGGAUAAAUCAAAUUAAAAUUCUUUAAAUAAAAUGAACAUAUCUAAAAAGUA